GCCCUCACUGGCUUGGCUGCCCCUGGCCAUGAGCAGCAGGAAGGGCCCCAGGGUCCCGUGCGGGCACCUCGCUGCUCCCGGAGCUCUGGGGGUGCUGCUCAGUCCCAGCCUCCCCGCCAGCUCAGGGCCCUGGGGGAAUGCUGGGGCUCAGGGUGCUGCAUCUGGCUGCAGGCGGGUGCUGCCCAGCUUGGUGAUGUUCCCAUGACAUGUGACGUGUCUGCAAACCCUGGGUCUCCCCAUGAAUAUCAGGGAUGGGGCAAAAAUGCUGUGGGAUCCUGUCACUCCCUUGCGACUGGCAGCCAGUCUGGGGCUUGGGAGCCCAGAAGAAGCAGCCCAUCGCCAGCCCCUCAGCGGCCCUAGGGCCAGCCCUGCUGCUGUGCCAGGGCUGCUGAGACACUGCCUGGUUCCAGGGAACCAUCCCCUGAGAAGGGGCUGGGCCUUGGACCCCCCCCGGCGUGACCCCUGCUCCACUCUGCCUGCAGCUGCCCUAUCCCCGUUUGCGGUGACACGACGUGUGGGGCACCCCUACCAGAACCGGACGCCCCCCAAGAGGAAAAAGCCACGCACAUCCUUCAGCCGGGUGCAGAUCUGUGAGCUGGAGAAGCGUUUCCACCGUCAAAAGUACCUGGCCUCGGCCGAGCGUGCUGCCCUGGCCAAGGCCCUCAAGAUGACGGACGCGCAGGUCAAGACCUGGUUCCAGAACCGCCGCACCAAGUGGAGGAGGCAGACGGCAGAGGAGCGUGAGGCGGAGCGCCAGCAGGCCAACCGUCUGAUGCUGCACCUGCAGCAGGAGGCCUUCCAGAAGAGCCUGAGCCAGCCGCUGCCCCAGGACCCGCUCUGCAUGCACAACUCCUCGCUCUACGCCCUGCAGAACCUGCAGCCCUGGGCUGAGGACAACAAGGUGACCUCGGUCUCGGGGGUGGCGUCAGUGGUGUGAGGCCCUGUGGAGCCAUGUGCCCUCCCGGAGGGGCACCCUGGACGUGCCAGGGGGCACGGGGCUGAGCCCGGAUCCUCCACCCCUGCUGCAGGCGCAGGUGAGGGAGGACUGCCUCUGGCCGUGUGGAUGGAGGUGCCCCUGCCCCAGGCAUGGGCUGGCUCCUGGGUUGGUGUCUGCCCAGCUGGGGCCUGCUGCUCCUCCAGACAAGGCCCCGGAGCCCAGCUGGCUGCAGCAGACUUUCAGCUCUGCCCCCGUGCUGCCAAUGAGGGGUUAAAGCCUGAGGCUCCGGGGCCCCAGAAAAGACACGAGGGGCCACCCCCCGACCCUGCAGCAGGCACCGCCAGCCCCAGGGCUCUGCCCACCCCAGCAGGGAGCCCUGUGUCCGACCAAUCUCCAGCAGCCUGGGGGCUUCAGCCUUAACUGCCCUGCCUGCUCCGGUGCGGAGCUGGGGCCCAGGCAUCCUCUCGCCCGCGGCUGGACAUGGAUGGACUCCCGGACC